AGAGAAAAGCCAAACGUGGGCAGUCGUGAACUGCACAGUGUCCGAUCAACAUCUCCUGUAUAGGACCAGCAUUUCUCAUCACAGCAUUGGAAUUAUUGUCACGCGUGAUUUUGACUUCCUGUUGCCCAACCAGCACCUAGCCUUAGAACUGGUGACUGACAUCACAGUGACCGACGCAGAGGGAACAACUUGGUUCAAUGAAAACUAUUUUCACCAAAGAGAUAUUGUGAAGUUUUAGCUUAGACAACUGUGUGCUGAAGUAACAAUGGUUAAAUAUACUCACGUAGUGAUUUUGGCAUUUUUCGUUUGGUUUUCCAACGCCACAGACACAAGUGAAAAUGGAACUGUUUUAGAAAUCCAAGGAAAUUCGUCAACCCAACAAGAAAUUUUAUUCGACGAGAAGAUCCGGUGCUGCAAAAGUGGGACUACAUACCUGACAGGAUUGGAUCAGUGCGUACCAAAUUUUGUCUCCACUUUGUACAACGAGUCGUUUCCAAAUUAUUCGUUCGAGGAUGUAACCGACGGUUUGACUGAUUGCCCGGAUGGAUACGUCAGUCACAGCACAGAGGAUUUCCAGCUGGACAAUGGCACGUUAUUAGUUGGUGACAAACAGUUGGAGUCCAAUGAAUUUUGCAUCAACAGAGUAGAAGAAGAAAAUUAUUCAACAUCCCCUGGACAUUUUGUGGCUCGUUUUUGCGUCCCUGAUCCUUGCAGUGAGUCAGGAUGCAUUCGAAAGUGUUGCCCUCCCGAAAUGGUCAUGGUUACGAAAUAUUAUCACGAUCUGUCUCCAAUUUCAAUAUGCGAGCCGUAUCCUGUACCGUUUAAUUUGUCACUUUUGCGAAACCCGAAAAAUGAAUCAAUCAACGCAAAUUCUUUUUCUACCCAUGGCGGACUCGGAAUGAAAUGCGGUAAACUUCCACGAGAUAUGAUUUUUGAUUUUUCAAUACGUCCCGAUGGCCAGAUUCUACUUCAUUUAGAAAAUCUACCCGACGAGAAAACGGACCAGUAUUGUAUUGACAAUCUUGUUGACGGUGAAAACAUUAACUUAAUUUCAAUAGUGUGUUUUCCAGAGCAAGGAGAAGAUGCCAAAGGCGCGUAUUUAUUCGGAUGUUUGAAUCUUUUUGCCGCGGUAUUUUUGGUUGGAACCUUAUUGGUUUAUUCAAUUCUGCCGAAAAUGCGCAAUCUCCACGGCGUUAUCGUCAUGUGUUACUUGGCCUCCAUGACAAUCACGAACGUUUUUCAUGCUAUUCUGAUGCUCGUGAGAGGAAGCGAUAUGCCACCUGGUCUUUGUUCAACUUUAGCAAUUUCAUUGCAUUUUGCCUACAUUGCUAGUUUUUCUUGGCUUAACGUUUUGUGCUUUGGAGUUUGGCGGAUGUUUAGUUCCAUUAGACCACCGAAACACACAUCCGUCCUGGGUAAACAGUUUUUCUAUUCCUCUCUUUACGGAUGGGGUAUUCCAUUCGUCAUCGUGGUCGUCGGGCAAAUCCUCCAGCACAGCGAUGUGCCAGACGACAUCAUUAAACCAGGAUUGGCAUCAAAAUUAUACUGCUGGUUCAAUCAUAAACAUAGAGGACCAUUAAUUGUAUAUCUGUACGCUCCGAUGAUUGUAAUGAUUGUUGCCAACGUUUUCAUGUUCGCUUGGGCUGCGGUCAAUUUUUACCAGAGAAGUGCGGAAGCAUCGCAAGUGAUCAACGUUUCUCGUAAAAGUCAAAGAUUUAAAGUGAUCCUGAGUCUCUUCUUGUUGAUGGGUGUUCCCUGGACAACCGAAAUUAUUACUUUUUUGGCGGAUUCCAGCUUCGAAAGUGCCUUAUCCACCGACAUAUUCAACAUCAUUUUGCCAAUUUUCAUUUUCAUCAUCUUCGUUUGUAAGCCGAGCGUUUGGAAAAUGCUCAAAUUCAAAUUCCCGCGCAUGAGUCCGUUCAUCUCGGCCUGUGAGAAAAUGGGUACCCGCGUAGUCCCCAAGAAAAUCAACCGCCAUCAACCUGCUAGUGCCGAAGAAAGCUGCAAUUCCAACAUGACUGGCAGCAGCAGCAAUAACAAAACUUCCCAGCUAACUCUAACGUCCGAAUCGACGGACUCGAUUGAUGUCCCAAAACAAGUUUUUGAAUUGCCUUUGACGAGGUCAUUGUCUUCUGCUUUCUGAGUAAGGAUAGAAAGGUGACGAGUACAGGGACAAAUGCUGAUCCACCAAUUAGAAUAAUAUUAUUGGAAAAUGUUAUAAAAAAGUGUUCAGUCACUCAAACCACCUGCCAGAGUAGAUUACGUGCUGUGUAUCGGGAAAUUGAUUCGUGGCAAUGUAGAUGGACAAGUCGUUGACCUUGUAAAUAUCCUAAUAUUCCACAUAAUAAUUAAUAAUUGUAUAGUCUAAUCAUUAUAUGCACCUCUAGCGUUUAACGCCUCAUAAGAGUAUUUCUGACGAUUUACUAAUGGACGGCCAAAUGAGAUUAAUUAACCAUCUGUUUUGUGUGUUCAUACGUAUAUCUCAACUCAAUUCAAUAAUUAUAUUAAUACAAAAGACGAUAAAUUUUUUU